GCACCUAUUAUGUGCUUGUGGACAUUCAACAACAUUUGGAGUUGUUCUUGAUUGAUUGCCCUUUGUUGUAUUGAUUGCCGUGGUUUCUAGAGUUGAAGGGGUUGAAAAUGAUGUUGCAUUUUGAAUACCUGUCAAAGCUGAAAACUAAGAAGAUAGUGUUUGAGGAUGCAUAUGCUGCGUGUGAUUCUGCAACACUUGAGCAUCUUAAGGAAUUAAGCUCAAAGCGUCGAGCAAUUGAAGAUUCUGUUAACAAGAGCAGCUUCAUUACAGAGGCUAUUGCAAGAGAAAUGUUUGGAGGAUUGGAAUCUCGCUAUGAACAGGAUAUUCACAAAAUAGAGCAGUAUCUACCAUUACUGGAAAGUUUUUUAUCCUAUGCUGAUGCUACAAGCAACGAAAACCAAAUAGCUCAAUGGAUCGCGGUUCUUAACACCAUGACUCUUAAGAUAUGCUGGAGUAGUGCUCUGAGAUCAUCUUCUUUCCUCAAUUUUAUGGGUCCUAAAUUGUUCCAAAUUAACAAUUUGCGAUUUGAGCUUGGUAUGAUCCUUUUUCUUUGUGGUGGAAUAAUGCGAGAGAGGGCUUUAGAAGUUUUACCGACAGAUUUGGUUCAAUCUGCCACCAUUUUUAGACAAGCUGCAGGCAUUUAUCAUCACCUGGCACAAGAUGUUCUUCCCCACUUACAGCCCGAGUUGCCACCAGAAAAGCCACCAGAAGCUCUUGCUGCAGUAUCCACCAUUAUGAGCCUCAUUUGCUUGGCUGAGGCCCAGGCAGUAACCAUAAGAAAAGCUGAAGAGAAAGGUACUUCUUCAAGUCUCCUAGCAAAGUUACAUCAUGGUGUUACCCUUUUUCUUGAAGAAGCUAUUGGGAUUUUUCAUACAGUUGUCACACAGUGCAAGGACAUUUCGCCAUGCUUAUUGGAAUUUAUGUGUUUCUGCAAAUGUUUACAUGGGUUGAAAGGUCAGCAAUAUCAUGCAGAGAGCCUGAAGGCAUGUGGCCAAAUAGGGGCUGCUAUUGGAGUUCUUAGUUCUGCACUGAUUGAUGUAAAAAAGAAGAUACCAAGAGAAGAGCCUUGGAAAUCUAAUUACCAAAAGCAAAUUCAAGAUGCUUCUGAAGUGCUCAGAAAGUUUGGGCAUGAGAAUGAUUUUAUUUGGCGUGAGAAGAUCCCUUCAGGAUAUGAGAUACCCUUGUCUCAGGGUAGCAAAAUAGUCAGUUUUAUACCUUAUAGUCCAAAAAGAUGGGAAGGACAACUCAUUUUCAAGUAGAGGAAAAAGAAAAAGAGUUUGUUUCACAUUAUCUCAUUUUACACCCUUUUGUAAAAUGCCAAAUCACAUGACAAAAACAAGGAGAGAAAGAGAGUA